GUACUCACAGGCUAAGGAUGCAGGAUCAGAUCCCCAAGGUGCUUACGAAGAGUACAGGGUUGCAGGUGCCAAGUCACUGGCUGAAGCUGCGCACGCUAAGAGCUUGUCCUCAGAGACUAAGCAGACUGAGGGUUGCAGUUCAGAGACUGGGGAUGCUUCUGCACAUGCCCAGGUUGCUCUUCCAGAGGUCUACCCAGGCCCAUCAGCUGGUGGUUUAGUUAUGGAUUCCAUCAACUUGCCUGUUCAAAACCAGCCAGGAUGUCAUCUGUCAAACGAAACUGGAGCAAUAGUAGAGAUGCCAGCACCGUUAUACUCAUGGAACUGUCCGCCAGGAUUGGAAUGCUUAAGACAGGUGAAUGAAACAUUAAUUCAUCAGAAAAUUACAUUUCUGGAUGUCAUUGCAAAUUCCUUCAAAAGAAACAAGUACGAAAUUAAAAACAAUCUUGGACAGAUGAUUUUCUUUGCAGUGGAAGAUUCUUCCUGCUGUUCCCGAGUUUGCUGUGGGUCAGCCAGACCUUUUACUCUGAGAAUUUUUAAUGAUAUGGAGCAAGAAGUAAUCACUUUGGAGAGAGCCCUGAGAUGUAGCAGGUGCUGCUUCCCCUGCUGUCUCCAAGAGCUAAAUGUCCAAGCUCCUCCUGGUGUACUGAUAGGUUAUGUUAUUCAAAUCUGGCACCCACGUCUGCCAAUGUUCAUAAUUCAAAACGCGAAGAGGAAGGAUGUGCUAAAUAUUAGCGGCCCAUGCUGUUUAUGGAACUGUUGUCGAGAAGUUAACUUUGAGAUUAAAUCUGUUGAUGAAGAUGAUGUGGUUGGCAAGAUUUCCAAGCAGUCAUCUGGCUUUAUAAAAGAGUUUUUAGUAAAUGCUGGUAACAUUGCAAUCCAGUUUCCUGAAGACGUUAGCGAGACAAUGAAAGUUCUGGUGCUGGGUGCCUGCUUCCUCAUUGACUUCAUCUUUUUUGAAAGCAGGAGCAAUCUCCAACAGUUUCUGUUUCUGUCGCGCCCGAUCUUCUAGGACGACUGUCAUGACAUUCCAUAGAGAAACUGAUAAAUAUGUUCAAAUUACCAUGAUACCUACAGAAGAAUAAAGAAAUCUCCUAUCUUUUGAGAGCUAUGUUUUAGCUCUCAUACUGACAAGCGAACUGCAACUUUCAAACUUUUCAUGACACAACUGCUGCGUGGUACGGAAGUGUGCCCCUGAACCAGUCCAUAGGAUGCCCGAGGACCCCAGAAUACAUGCUCUCUCA